AGCUAUGGUACCUAGAAGAAUUCACUGUCGACUAAGCGGUCACAAUUUUUUAUCUAGUGGCUUGAAGUGGUGAGUCAAGCUGAAAGAUCCUUUUACCAAUUGACCCUCCCCAGGCUUUUGUAAGGCUUUGAGGAUUGCCAAUUCUGAUCAGAGAGCUUUCGAGUUCUCGUUGAUGAUCAAGAACAAUGGCGUCCCGCACUCUUGUCCAGUCUAAUUGCUUCAGAGCUGUCGCCGCCGGCCUGCGAACCAUUCCACAGACUUCAACAAGAUGGAGCUCAAGUAGCAGUUCUACUUCAGCCAUUGCUUACAAGGCUCUCCGCCGGCGUGUAGCUCCUCUCCCAACAAACGAUACACCGUCAUCAUGGUCUGCCCAAGCAGCCGUUUCCAACAUUCUCUACGAAACCCCAACACCCUCAAUGGCGCCUCCGAAACGCCAUGUCCUUAACUGCCUGGUCCAAAACGAACCUGGUGUCUUGUCCCGUGUUUCUGGUAUUCUAGCAGCACGAGGCUUCAACAUUGACUCUCUAGUCGUGUGCAGUACCGAAGUCGAGGACUUGUCCCGCAUGACAAUUGUGCUUACGGGCCAGGAUGGCGUUGUCGAGCAAGCGCGAAGGCAACUAGAAGAUCUAGUACCUGUAUGGGCUGUCUUGGAUUAUACCAACGCUGCCUUAGUGCAAAGGGAGCUGCUUCUCGCCAAGGUCAACAUCUUGGGACCGGAAUACUUCGAGGAAUUGUUAGCUCAUCACCGUGAAAUAACGGCCGAGGCUGACGCCGGAGAAAUAAGCGAGAAGACACUAGAGGAUAUCGCCCUGGACUUUCACCCGAGUAAAAUGGUGGCCAGUCAAGCUCUGCGGUUAAAGCAUGAGCAUCUGAGAUCCAUAACUUACUUCGCGCAUCAAUUUGGGGGCAAGGUACUCGACAUUAGCACAAAUAGCUGCAUUGUUGAGGUGUCUGCCAAGCCAGUUAGAAUCGACUCAUUCCUAAAGCUGAUUGCGCCGUUCGGUAUCUUGGAAUCGUCGCGCACAGGUCUCAUGGCCUUGCCUCGAUCUCCCCUCUACGGCCCUGAUGAGGAAUCAAUUGUCAAGGAGGCAGAUGAGAUCGUCGAUGCUAGCCAGCUACCUCCCGGAUAGGCUGUACAUUCGGAUCUGUACAUAUUGGCGUUGGUGGUCAAUUAAAAUCAUGGCUUGAUUGGGGGUUAUUACCUAGGUACACUAUAAACGAAGUCAUUAGUGCAAACUACCUCAAUAGACAUUUAGUAAAAUCCUG